CGCCGGCAAACACCUUCUCCCCUCCACAAGGACGAGACAUGGCGGCUUCCAGCAAGAAGGUGUUCGAGCUGUUUGUCUCAAAAGUCCCCUGGACUGUCGCAACAAAGGAAAUAAAAGAUUAUUUUGGGCAAUUCGGCCAAGUGAAGAAAUGCCUCCUGGUCUUCGACAAAGAGACAGGCUUUCAUAGGGGCUUUUGCUGGGUCGGCUAUUCAUCAGAGGAAGGACUGCAGAACGCACUUCAGAAAGAGCCUCACAUUAUGGAAGGAAGCAGGCUCCAAGUACAAAAAAACAGACGACCAUUUUUGGGGAAAAAGACAAAUAAAGAAGCAGACGAAAGCUGAACAAUAAUGUUGACUCUGUAAUGUGAAGAUUUUUUUUUGUCUUGUCUUACAAAUCUGUAACUUAUGUCUAUGUCUUUGUGGAAAGGUGACUUUGCAACUUUACAAUAAAUGUGCUGUUGACCCAGAA